AUGGGGGAUUAUAAUGUUGUUCUUCAGGCACGGGACAGACAGCAUGGUACUGAGGUAAAGAAGGCUAUUAAAGAGAUUAACACACAACAUUACAAAGGAGUUGAUGAGAGAAUUAAAGGGAUCAGGAAGGAGCUUCAGUCAGUACAGGAAGAAAUGAGUUCCAAUCUACAUAAGCUAGAGCUAAUUGAGAAGGAAAAAACAUUGAAGGGGGAUCUAGAAAAAUGGGUACUGAUUGAGGAAAGCAUAUAUAGACAAAGAUCAAGAGUGCAAUGGUUGAAGUUGGGUGAUUCAAACUCAGUUUAUUUCUUUGCUCAGAUGAAGAAUAGAAGUAAUUUGAAUGGAAUACAUAUACUAACUAAUGACAUGGGGGACCAGCUAGUGUUGGAGGAAGAUAUAAAGGCAGAAAUCAUGGGGCCUAUCAACUGCACUGCCAUUACCUUAAUUCCUAAAGUCAAAAAUCCUGCAAGCAUUAAAGAAUAUAGGCCUAUUUCAUGUUGUACAGUCUUGUACAAAGUGAUAUCAAAGAUUCUUACCAAGAGUCUACAAAGUGUAAUGGACAUACUGAUUGAUAGUACACAUGCAGCUUUUGUUCCUGGCAGAAUAUUACAUGCAUUAGCAUUCCCAGAGCAAUUUGUAAGAUGGAUCAUGAACUGUAUGGAAACUGUCACAUAUACAAUCAUGAUUAAUGGUGCACUAACUAAGCCAUUUGAGGCUAGGAAAGGAUUGAGACAGGGGGAACCCCUCUCACCAUUUCUAUUUGUGCUUGCAAUGGAAUACUUGACAAAGAAACUAAGAAACUGGGGAGAUAUUGGAUCAGUUAAAAAAUUGUUUCAAUGCUUUAUGGAGUUCUCAAAACCCUCUGGAUUGAUGAUUAAUAAAAACAAAAGCUCAAUUUUCUUUGGAGGAGUCACAAAUGAUGAGCAGGAGGAGAUCCUGGAAUUUCUAGGAAUUCAGAGAGGUGUACUACAAGUUAGAUACCUUGGUGCACCACUGAGCUCCAAAAGAAUAUUCGUAGCUCGGUGUCAACCACUUAUUGAUAAAAUAGUCGGAAGAAUUACUUCAUGGACUGCAAAAUUCUUGUCCUAUGCAGGAAGGAUUCAACUCAUAAAAAGUAUCAUGUUCUCCAUUCAAACCUACUGGGCUCAAAUAUUUGUCCUACCAAAGAAGAUCACAAAACCAAUUGAGUCAAUAUGCAGAAGCUACCAAUGGACUGGAGAAGGUACAGUUUCAAAAAAAGCACUAUUAGCAUGGGAGAAAAUAUGUCUUCCCAAGUCAGCAGGUGAAUUCAAUGUCAUGAAUAUAGCAAUCUGGAACAAAGCUGUUAUAUGUAAGCAAUUUUGGAACUUAUGUAAAGAGAAGAAGAAGUUGUGGAUACUGUGGGUACAUAGUUAUUACAUUAGAGGAAGGAACAUCUGGAAAAUACAGUUAAAACAAGCUUCAUGGAUGGUAGGCAAGAUCAUGAAGGCACAGAAGACUAUGAUGGAAGCAGGAUUCAGCCAGGAUGAUAUCACAAAUAUGAACAGUUGUUCUGUCAAACAUAUUUACCACAUGCUGCGAGGGACGUUUGAAAAAGUAAGUUGGAGGAAAGUAGUAUGUCACAAUGGUGGAUGCCCCAGAUGGAACUUUGUACUAACUAUGACAGCACAUGGAAGAUUAUAUACAAAGGAUAGAUUGCAAAGAUGGGGAGUAUCAGUUGAUCAAGAUUGUGUCAUGUGCAACAGUGAAAAGGAAACCAUAAAUCACUUAUUCUUUGAAUGUCCAUAUGCAAAUGUAUUGUGGAGUAAACUGUUAGAAUGGCAAGGCAUUGACAAAUCAAUACAAGGAUGGGAUAAAGAGCUAAAGUGGGCAGAGAAAUGGACCAAGAGAAGAAAUGGAGCAGCUCAAUUAUACAAGACGGUGUUAGCAUCUACAAUAUAUUAUGUGUGGCAGGAAAGAAAUGGUCGAAUCUUUAAAAACAAGACAAGAGUAUGGGAGACAGUUUGA